CUUGCUAUUUACCAAAGUCUAAAGCAAUGACAUUUCUCUGUGUACUUGUGGACAAAUAUAACUAAAUCACAGCAUGGUUCUUCACAUUCUCUGGGACUUGAAAUAAAGGACAGUAAUUUAUCAUCUUUCUAAUUAUAGACUGAUCAUGGAUAAUCGGAAUCCGGGACAGGAGGAAACUGAUCAGCUCUGCUACAAGGGGGAUUUUCAAAAUGAAGCAGUGAAAGGUUUAUCAGAAAUAGUUGAGUAUAGGGAAACCAUGGCAACACCAAGUAAUGGCCGUCUUCCACCUUCUGCGGCCUCCUCUGACCAGCUGUCCAUGGAGUUUGAGAUCACAUCUGUAGAUGAUGACAUUCUGAAUACUGUUGAAAAGUUGUUCAACUUUGGAAAGUCUGGGACAAUUCCAUAUGAGACAAUACAGGACAUUUUGGGUAAAGCCAUACAAGCAGAGAGAAACCACUGGAAGGAUAGACUAAACAGUGCCAUGCAGGAAAUUGAGAGACAACAUAAGAUUCUGUUGACUGAGCAGUCUUCAUUACAGGAUCUUUGUGGCAUGUUUGAUGACAACAACAAACCAGCAAACAAUGAAAAACCCAGUGAAGACAUUCUAGAGGAAAACCUUACCACUGAGCAGCUCAUACAAAACCUCAAAUUCAAAAUCGAACAUCUGAAACAGAUCUCUAGUUAUAUGGAACAAAGUAAAGAAGUUGGAUCCAUUUCAGAUAAGUUCCCCUCCAAGAAGAAAUAUUCAGAAAUGGAUAUCAAAUUCAUGAAAAAUGCAAUAGCCAAAAUUCACUUUGAAAAAGAGUCUUUGCAGAGCAAGUUAACAGAAAAAGAGACUGAAAUUAAAUGGCUUCAGAAAGAAUUGAAUGGAGUGAAAAAUCAGUUGUACAAAUUACAAGACAUUGUAAAAGAAUACAAUGAAGAUCACCAAGGGGCACAGUUUCAUUUAAAUCAGGUGGAAGCUAGUCCUCGUCAGAGUCUAAAAACAAGUGAUAGGUUCAAGAAAGAACGAACUUACAUAGAGGGUGACCAGCUACAAUCCUACCCAAUACCGAGUGAAGAAUCGGCACUGUGGAAAUUACGGCUACGAUCUCAAGUCUACUCCACCAGAAAGGGGAAUGUGAGGACGGGGGUCACGCAAUGUCUCCGUUGUCAGAAACUGUUCAAACCCUCCGACAAUGGCCCCAAAGCCUGUAGGUUUCACAACAAGGGCAGAGAAAUCAAAGAACAAUAUGAUGAAAAUGGGAAACUUUCAAAUGUUAUAUACAAGUGGGCAUGUUGUAAAAAGGGACUUGACACUGUUGGAUGUUCAACAGGGUAUCACAUCUGAUGGUUUAUAAUUUAGUGUUGUGUAUGUAAACAUGCAUUAAAAAAUUUAGUAAAGUGGCUGCUUUGAACAAAUAUAUAUACAUAAAUAUACUAAAUUUGUGCACUCUA